UGGAUUGUGCAGUCGAGAGAAGGCUGGUUUGGGUAUGAAACGGUGCCAAUUACUAUACAGCAAGUGGCUGGGCAGGAAGAUCUAGAGAGGAGCAGGUGGCUAGUCCUUUGGAGUCACUGUAAUGUCUGAGAACGCCAGGUCCACAAAUGAUAUGAGAUGCCCUCUUAUACAGUUAUGGCAGCGAAGUCAAGAGCAAGCCCGCAGCCACAAGUCAUUGCAUGAUUUUAGCCGGAACAAGAGGAAUGUGGGAGAUCCAGAGAUUAUUAAGUCUCCUAGUGACCACAAAGAGUACAGGUAUAUUCAGUUAAAAAAUGAGAUGAAUGUGCUGUUGAUUUCUGAUUUGGCCAUGGAUGAUUCUGGUUCUUCUGAUGAGUCCGAAGAUGACAUGUCUUCUGAGGAAGAUGAAGAAGAAAAUCUGCCUAGAAAAAAGGAAAGCAGCAAUGAGGAGGAAGAUGAAAAAGAUGGGGAUGGAGAAGGAUUUGGAGACUCUGGGAAUGUUGAAGAUGUUGUGGAUUAUGGUGGAGAAAUUGGAAGUGAUGGGACUAUUGAAGAUUUAGAAAAAGAUCUUGGUAGUGAUGGCAUUGUUGAAGACGAUGCUGUAGAGCCCGGAGGAACACAUGUCACUAAGCCUGAACUAUUGGAAAAACUAGUGAAAAAAGAAGAUGCCAGAAAAAUGGGCAGUACUGAAAAGCAGUCUGCAGCUGCCCUUGCGGUUUGCGUUGGUAGUUUCUCUGACCCUGAUGAUUUACCUGGAUUAGCCCAUUUUUUGGAACACAUGGUAUUCAUGGGUAGUCAGAAAUACCCAGACGAGAACGGGUUUGAUACAUUCUUAAAGAAGCAUGGAGGCGCAGACAAUGCUUCGACAGACACAGAAAAAACGAUUUUCCAGUUUGAUAUCCAGAAGAAAUAUUUUAAAGAAGCUCUUGACAGAUGGGCACAAUUCUUCAUUCACCCACUGAUGAUUAAGGAUGCAAUUAACCGGGAAGUUGAAGCUGUGGAUAGUGAGUAUCAGAUAGCAAGGCCCUCAGAUGCUAACAGAAGGGAAUUGCUGCUUGGAAGCCUUGCAAAAGCAGGGCAUCCUAUGCGAAAGUUCUUUUGGGGUAAUGCAGAGACUCUUAAACAUCUGCCUGCAAAGAAUAAGAUUGACACCUAUGCAAGACUGAGGGCUUUCAGGCAACGUUACUACUCAGCCCACUACAUGAAUCUAGUGAUCCAGUCUAGAGAAACCCUGGAUACUUUGGAGAAGUGGGUGAAUGAAAUCUUCUCGGAGAUCCCAAAUAAUGGUUUACCCCGGCCAACCUUUGAAAACUUUAUGAUGCCAUUUGACACACCCGAAUUUCACAGGCUUUACAAAGUUAUUCCAGUCAAAGAAAUCCAUUCUUUGAGCAUCUCUUGGGCUCUUCCCCCACAAGACAAUCAUUACAGAGUGAAACCUCUUCAAUACAUCUCCUGGCUGAUAGGACAUGAGGGCAGAGGCAGUGUGCUUUCUCUUCUUAGGAAACAGUUUUGGGCUCUUGCAUUAUAUGGAGGAAAUAGUGAGACAGGAUUUGAACACAACUCCACCUAUUCCAUCUUCAGCAUUUCUGUGACUUUGACAAAUGAAGGUCUUGCACAUUUUUAUGAGGUUACUCAUCUUAUCUUCCAGUAUUUGAAGAUGUUACAAAAGCAAGGUCCCAUACAACGAGUCUGGGGAGAAAUUGAGAAGAUUGAAGCCAAUGAAUUUUGCUUUCAGGAACAGACUGAUCCAAUCGAAUUUGUAGAAAAUAUCUGUGAAAAUAUGCACAUCUUUAAGAAGGAGGAUUUUUUAAUAGGAGACCAGCUAUUGAUUGAAUAUAACCCUGCUAUCAUCGCUGAUGCCCUUAGCUAUCUCAUCCCUCAAACAGCAAACCUUUUUCUCUUAUCUCCUGUCCAUGAAGGAAAAUGUCCUUUGAAGGAAAAAUGGUUUGGGACAAAAUACAGUGUGUCAGAUAUUGAUGAAUACUGGAGCAACUUGUGGAAUGGCGACUUCAUUUUACAUCCAGAUUUACACCUGCCUGAAGAAAACAAAUAUAUAGCCACAGAUUUUUCUAUAAAGGAAUCAGAUGGCAAGGACCAUGAAUAUCCAGAAAAAAUACUGAGUACACAGCAAGGCUGUCUGUGGUACAAGAAGGACAACAAAUUUGGUGUUCCCAAAGCUUUUAUCUGUUUCCAUCUGGUGUCUCCACUGAUACAGCAGUCUGCAAUGAAUGUAGUCCUUUUUGAUAUUUUUGUUGGUGUCCUCACUCACAGUCUUGCUGAGCCAGCCUAUCAAGCCGAUGUGGCUCAGCUGGAAUACAAAGUCAUAGCCAGAGAGCAUGGCCUGGUCAUUCGAGCGAGAGGCUUUAACCAUAAACUACCUUUGCUCUUUCAACUAAUCAUUGACCGGUUGUCUGACUUCACUUUCACUCCAUCAGUAUUUCAGAUGAUAACUGAGCACCUUAAAAAGACAUAUUUUAACUUCCUCCUCAAACCAGAUAUGCUGGCAAAAGAUAUACGACUCUCAAUAUUGGAGUAUGGCAGGUGGUCUUUGAUAGAAAAAUAUGAGACUUUGACUCGUGGCCUUUCCAUAGAAUCUGUGAUGGCAUUUGCCACAGCAUUCAAAUCUAACCUGUGGAUAGAAGGACUUGUCCAAGGAAAUGUCACAAUCAAAGAAUCACAGGACUUUCUGGAUUAUAUUGUUGAAAAAUUGAAGGUCCGUCCUCUUAUUCAUCCAUGUCCUACUCAGUUCCGGGUGACAGACUUGCCAAAUACUCACAUCUUGUGUAAAGUGAAAUCCCUUCACAAAGGCGAUGCAAACUCUAAUGUCACAGUCUACUACCAGAGUGGUGCUAGGAAUUUAAGAGAAUAUACACUCAUGGAACUUCUUGUGAUGCAGAUGGAGGAGCCAUGCUUUGACUACCUGCGAACCAAGCAAACCCUGGGCUACCAUGUCUACCCUUCCACAAGAAAUACAUCUGGGAUCCUGGGUUUCUCUGUUACCGUAACAACGCAGGCAUCCAAAUAUAACACUGAAUUGGUUGACAGAAAAAUAGAAGAUUUCUUGAUAUACUUUGAGGAAAAGCUUCGGCAUUUAACUGAUGAAGAAUUCAGUGCUCAGGUCUCUGCUCUAAUCAAGCUUAAGCAAACAGAUGAUGCCCAGCUUGCUGAAGAGGUGGACAGGAACUGGAAUGAAGUGCUUUCUCAGCAGUACAUGUUUGACAGACUUGCCCGAGAGAUUGUAGCACUGAAGACCUUUAGAAAAUCAGAUUUGGUUAACUGGUUUCUAUCACACCGCCACAAGGACAAGAAAGUGAUGAGCACUCAUGUGGUUGGAUAUGGUAAGCAGGAAGGGGAUGUGGAAGUUAUGCUUGCCUCCACCAUUCAGGAAUCUUUAUUCGGCAAAACACCUGAACUAACAUUUUUACCCUCAUCUCCCGUGUCGAAUUUCCCCUCUAUUAUGGACAUUCGAGCUUUCACCUCAACUCUUAACAUUCUACCUUUCCACAAGAUACAAAAAUAAACUUUCAUCAGCUUUUCUCUCAA